AUGCACCCCAAACCUCGACAGAAGAUGCCCCACAAUCGAUCGACCAAACCCAACACCCACCAGGCCAGGUGUCCCAAUUGCGGAUACGACCCAAGUCAUGCUACAUGCCCUGCUAGAGGCCAGAAGUGCAAGUCCUGUCACAAAACUGGACAUUUUAGCCGGGUUUGCCGAUCCAAACCUAAACACACGCGAGCUGUGAUGGCACCGACUUCAUCUGACGAUGAGACUGAGUUCUUUGUAGGCUCCGUAUCCAGUAAAAGUGCCCCAUCACACACUUCCUGGCGCCAGACCAUCCUUGUUGAGAAAAAGCCCAUCAACUUCUUGCUUGACACUGGGUCCGAGGUAAACAUACUGCCACUACAUGUUUACCACACCCUGAAGCUCCACAACCCGACCCUGCAGUCUACGACUACAACCCGUCUGUGCGGUUUCUUCGGCGGAAAAGUCCAGCCAAGAGGACAGAAACGCCUAUCAUGUGAAGUCAAGGGCAAGUACCAUAUCCUGACUUUUCUUAUCAUUGGUGAUGGUGAGCCAGUUCUGGGAAAACAUGCCUGUGUUUCCCUUAACCUGGUGCAGCGUGUGUACACCAUGAUAAAUGAUGAUGAUGUUUAUGAGGGAACCGGAUGCCUAAAAGGCCCACCAGUCAAGAUAAAGCUGACAGAAAACGCUACACCGCACUGUGUCCAUGCCCCUCGUCGAAUCCCACUGCCCUUGCACCCCCAACUCAAGGCAGAGCUAGACAAAAUGGAGAAACAAGGAAUCGUCACGCGCAUCACAGAACCAACUGAUUCGUGCGCCCCGAUCGUGAUCGCUCCAAAGAAAAAUGGAAACAUCAGAGUCUGUGUUGACCUACGAAUGCUGAACAAAGCCGUGGCCAGGGAGCAGUUUAGCAUACCUACCUUGGAAGAGGUCCUGGGUAAAAUUGCCGGUGCCCAGUUAUUUUCUGUCCUCGAUGCCAAGCAUGGGUUUUGGCAAAUUCCGCUCCACCCUGACAGCCAGAAGUUAACCACAUUCAUCACACCAUUUGGUAGAUUCUGCUUCAAUCGCCUGCCAUUUGGCAUCACAUCGGCACCUGAGCUGUACCAGAGAAUCAUGAGUGAUCUGCUGGUCAAUCUAUCAGGAGUUGUCGUCUACAUGGAUGAUGUUCUUGUCACGGGUGCGACACCAGAGGAACAUGACGCACGUCUCCGUCAUGUACUGCAAAUUCUACAAGGAGCUGGGCUGAAGCUUAAUAAGGACAAGUGCAAAAUUGCGCAAGAGCAGGUGCACUUCCUUGGCCAUCGUCUCGAUAAGCAUGGAAUUCACCCUGAUCCUGCUAAACUUGAUGCAAUCCUCCAGAUGUUGCCACCUACGACGAAGGAGGAAGUCAAACGACUGAUGGGGAUGGUGAAUUGGCUAUCUCGUUUCAUACCCCAUGCAGCUACAGUGGCAGCACCGAUUAAUGCUCUGAUGAAAGGCGACACAGAGUGGACUUGGGGUCCAGCACAACGCAGUGCUUUCAGACACCUCAAGACACUGCUAACUACAGCCCCGACGCUUGCAUACUAUGACCCAACAAAGCCAACGAUGGUCAGUGCUGAUGCCAGCAGUUACGGCAUUGGUGGUUACAUCCUUCAGAAGCAGGAAGAUGAGUCCUGGAGACCAGUAGCAUAUUGUUCCCGAAGCCUGACACGUGCUGAACAACGAUAUGCACAGAUCGAGAAGGAGCUACUGGCUGCUGUAUGGUCAUGUGAGCGUUUCUUCAUCUAUCUCCGCGGUCUUCGAGUGACGCUCCAGACAGACCACAAACCCCUAGUGUCCCUAAUCAACAAAAAGGACUUAUGUGAUGCCCCUCUCCGAUGCCAACGACUGCUGAUGAGGCUGAUGAGAUACAACUGCGAAGCAGAGUACACCCCUGGUAAGGACCUGGUUGUGGCCGAUGCACUUUCGCGAGCUCCUCUCCAGCGAGAUAAAGUGGCCGAACCAGAUGAAGAUCUUGAAGGCGAGAUCGAAGCACAUGUCCACUUGAUCACAACCCAGUGGCCAGCAUCUGAUGCAAAGCUGGUCGAAAUAGCCUUAGAGACCAGUCACGACCGUACCCUGAGUGCAGUCAUCACUCACGUCAAAGAUGGAUGGCCUAAGUACCAGAAGGAUGUCGACCCAGAGUUGAAACGGUUCUGGGAUGACCAAGACAAGAUCAGCCUAGUCGGUGGUAUCCUCACAUAUGGUGACCGCAUUGUGAUUCCACAGAGCCUGAGACAACAAAUGUUGCAGAGAAUCCAUGAGGGUCAUCAAGGCGUCUCAAAAAGCCGACUUCGAGCCAAUCAAGCCUUGUGGUGGCCUGGUAUGAGCACUGACAUAGCCCAGUAUGUCCAGUCUUGCCCGCAUUGCCAGGAUAUGCAACCAUCGCAACGCGCCGAACCACUCAUGUCCACACCACAUGGCAGCAAAUUGCCUGCGACCUAG